AUGUGCCUUGACAGAGUAAUUAUAUGUUAUCAGGCAGUUGAAGAUCAACUAAAGAUAUGUGGCCACAAGAGGGAUGCUGAUGUCUUCGAGCUGUUCCUUUCUCAAAAGGAACUGACAGAUGUCAUUGAUCUUUCUAGGUUUAAAAAAUUAAAAUACUUGUGGCUACAUCAUAACAAGCUCCAUGGAAUAACAUUUCUAAUUAGAAACUAUUGUCUGACAGAACUAUAUCUAAACAACAAUGCAAUAAUCGAAAUAGAAGGCCUGCGCUAUUUGCCUUCGUUGCAUAUACUCCUGCUACACCACAAUGAGUUAACAAACAUCAAUGCAACAGUGAAGGAAUUAAAGGGAAUGCUGAAUCUGAAGACCCUAAGUCUCUACCAAAACCCUUUGUGCCAAUAUAACCUGUAUCGUUUAUAUAUCAUCUACCACCUUCCUGGAGUGGAGUUGCUUGACCGAAAUCAUUUUGCAUUUGCGAAUAAUGUAGAGAAAACUGUGUUUGAUGACCCAGAAGAUGCUGUUUUUGUAAGGUCCAUGAAGAGAUCGGUGAUGGCCAUUACCUCUCUGAACUGGGACACAGUUCCAAAACGAGAGGAAAAGUACCUUGAAGACAAAGGCACAGAACCUGCUCAAAUGUUCACCAUUACACUGAGAUAACCCCUGGUAUUUCUAGGACUCCUAGUGGUUUUCAGUUAUAUAUUAAACUUCUCUCUGUAUUAUGACAUUACUUGAAACAUUUAAAUAUAAACAGAAACACCAAUAAUGAAAAAUAAUUCCCACAUUUUGUGUUACGUUUUUGUUAAAGUAAAACACGUAUAUAGAAAUGUACACAAAUCAUAAGUGCUCGGCUCAACAAAUUGUCAGUGAACACAUCCAUGACAGUGGCAUCCUAGAUCGAGAACUAGAACAUUGCCAGCACUCUAAAAGCUGCCUCAUACUUGUCACCAGUCCU